CAGCAUACGAUGAACGAGAAGGCCGGCACAUGGCUCGACGCGCGCGACAGGGCCACCGCGGCCGCUGUUGCCGCGCACGACGACGCGGCGCUCCAGCGGCUGUCGGCCGAGCCGGGCGGGUUUGGAUCCAAUGCGUCGCGGCGCGCAGCUUGGCGCGAGGUGCUGCAUCUUGACCGCGUCGAGGGGGGCUUUGCGACGCUAGCGACUGGGCCUCAGGUCGACGGUACGCCGACAGGUGACGCCACGCCGACGUCCUCAGCCCCCGAUAGCCCGCUCGUCCACGUCACGGUGCGCGACAGCUCGCCGACGGCGCAGACGGACGACGGGCGCCCGGCACACCGUGACGAGGGCCAGGUGGCGCUUGAUACGCGGCGGUCGUUCGUGACGUACCCCAAGGGCCUGAGUAAAGGCGACAAGGCAGCCAUGCAGGCCGACCUGCAUGCGCUCAUCGUGGCCGUGCUCCAGCGACACCCCGAGCUCAACUACUUCCAGGGGUUUCACGACAUCAUGACGGUGUUGUAUCUGACGUUUUUGGAUCGCACGCCAAGAGGAGGGGGCGUGGAGGAGGGGAAGAAGGCGGACACGGUCGACGAGAAGGCAGCCGCUGUCGCCGAGAAGGUGGCCGUUGUCGACGAGAAGGGGGACGUUAUUGACGAGAAGGCCGACGUUAUCGACGAGAAGGGGGGUGUUGUCGACGAGAAAGUGCCCGACGUCGACGAGCAGCCGUUCGAGGUCGACGAGGAGGGCCAGCGCCAGUGGGAUGAGCUGCUCGCGGCCGCCGAGGUCGUGAGCCUGUGUCGCGUGCGUGACGCCAUGGGAACGAGCCUCGGCCCAAUGAUGGGAAUGUUAAGGCUGCUCCGCCGUGUGCUCGCCGCGGCCGACCCGCAGCUGUACCGCAUCUCUGCUAGCAUAUCUCCCGUCCCGACGCUCCCCUUCUUUGCCCUCUCGUGGAUUCUCACGCUCUUCUCACACGACGUCGACACCCUCGAGCCCGUCCAGCGUAUCUUCGACUACCUGAUCACGCGCAACCCAAUCUCGGCAAUCUACCUUGCUGUGGCCAUCCUUGUGGCGAAGAAGCCACAAAUGCUGCGGCUCGCGGCGGCCCUCGGGCCCGAGGCGCGCGCGGACCCGUCGCUCUUACACCCCCUGUUUGCGCGCCUUCCGCCGCUGUAUCCCGACACGCCCGACGCACCGGCCCCGCCUGCGAUCGACGCCGCUACCGCCGCCGAUGACGACAGUGACAACGCCAACCCCUACACGCCGAUCGCGCUGAGCACGGUGUUCCUCCUCGCGGACAAGUUACAGGCCAAGUACCCGUGGGACGGCGCCCGGAUACGCGGGCUCGAGGUCAUGGGGCCGGGCAGCGUCACGCAGACGUACGGGCAAGACGCCGACGCGGAGAAGGGGAUCUCGCUGGAAGCAGCGGCGACACAUAUCGACAAGGACGUCAUCUUGCCUGGGGGCGACACGCUCGAGGACGAGGAGGAAGCGACACCGCCACGCUGGCCAGUGUCGUUGCCGCAACUGCCCAAGCUCCCCUUGCGCGUGCCGCCCAACCGCAUCGGCACCGUGAUUGCCUUUGGCGUGGUGGUGCUCGGUAUCGGCACGGCUUUGUACGGCUGGCGGGCUGGUGGUCCGCGGGCAAGCUGGGCUCAGUGGUGGGGGCUUGUGGCGCGAUCGUGGGCGGUCAGGAGUGUGGGCUUGGGCCACGGAGGAUUGGUUGGGGGGCUGGAGCGCCUCCGGCUACGAUAG